AUGUCUGUCGUGAAUGACGAUUUUAAACCACUACUCAUACAAUGGGUUGAAGAAGAGGCCAUAAAUGCCACGAAAAGAGGAUCAAAAAUGGUAGAUCUAUACAAUAAAAUUCUAUUUCAACUACGAGGAUACGAACUUCCCAUAUGUGAUUUGAAAACAUUGAAACUGAUUAAAUACGUAGGAGAUAAAACAGCCAAUCAAUUAAGAAAGAAAAUUGCUAAACACUGUAAAGAAAAUGAAUUGACACUACCUCGAGGGUUUAUGGAUGUGGCAGAAAAGCAUCGUUUAGAUUUGGAAGAAUCCAACCUUACACUGUCAACUUCAACCAUUAAAACUACUAACAAGCGGGCCAAAACUUCCAGCAAGAGCAAACCAAAAUAUGUUCCCAAACACAGAUCAGGAGGGUUUGCCAUUUUAAUUGCAUUGUAUCUUUAUGAUAAAGAUAGAAAUGGAAUGACUAAAGAACGAAUAAUUGCAGGAGCAACCCCAUAUUGUGAUCGUUCAUUCAGUAAUAAUGCAGCUUCAAAAGAGUUUUAUUCUGCAUGGAGCUCUGCCAAAACUUUAGAGAAUCAUAAUUUGAUUUCAACUACUGGAAGGUCACCGAAGAUUUAUUUUUUGACCGACGAAGGCGUGUCGUUGGCACAGCAAUUAAAGACUGCCAUUGGGUUAUCAUCUCCUCCUGAAGGUAGUAAAAAGAACGACAGAAAUAUGAUAAUGGAACAGUCAUUCGAUAAUGGAAUUCGACUCGACACAAGUUUUGAGUUAUCAUCACCAGCAGGACGUGCAAUGUUGAGUAGCUCGCCAAUAAGAAGAAUAAGUAAUCCUGUUCAUAGUAAUAGAGCCAUUCAAAAAAUGUUAGAAAAGGAAUUACGAAACGGUGAAACGCCGCCAUCGCUGCAGCACGAUGCUGGUAAUAGAAUUUAUGAUGGCAUUAAGUAUGAAGUAUGGAGAAAGGAAGAUUAUGAAGUGAUUGUCUAUAUGGACAACCGUGAAAUUAGAUCACGAGCUGACAGGGACCAUUUUCAAACCAGAUUACAAACACUUGGUGUCAAGUGUGAAGUCAAGCCAUUAUCUUCAGGAGAUGUAUUAUGGGUUGGUAGAAAUACAAGUACGGGCACUGAGGCUGUAUUGAACUAUCUUUGUGAAAGAAAAAGACUAGAUGAUUUAUGUGAUUCAAUAAAAGAUGGACGGUUCCAAGAACAAAAGAAUAGAAUGAAAAAAACUGGCAUCAAGCAUUGUUAUUAUCUUGUUGAAGAUAUGGUAAGUUAUCAAGACAAAGUAUACGACUUGAUGGAUAGUAUACAGUCCUCCUUAACCCAAACAAUGACCACAGCAAGAUUGUACUUGAGACGAUUUAAAGACAUCGAUGAAACGACAGCGUUUAUUGCCUCUAACACUAAAGUUAUUGAAAAUUUAAAAUCAAACUUGAUUGUGAUCAAGCCCCAAGAUAUAAAAAACCAACAAGAUUAUCUAAAUAUACUUUUAAAAUUUAGAAACAAGUUUGAGAAAACUCAACCUCAUCAGGACAACCCAGAUUAUGAAUGUGUUCAAUUGUUUUCGCGUUUUCAAGAUAUGUUGGGCAAAACAAACCAGAUGACUGUAAAGGAAAUGUUUAUAUUGAUGUUGAUGACAAUUCGGGGAGUAUCACUAGAGAAGGCAGUGGUAAUACAAAAUCGAUUCCCAACACCAAAAAGUUUACUUGAAUAUUACCAUACAGAGCAUGCUACUACUGACACGAAUAUUAAAAGAGACUUGAUGAUGAAUGAGUUUAAGGAUCAAAUCGGUAAUAAAAAAAUUGGUAAAGCUUUACUGGAAAAGAUUUAUAAUGUUUGGGGGAAACCUUGA